GCCCAGCCCCAGCGCGCGGCGCACGCGGCUUGACGCGGCGAGAGACGCGCGCGCCGCAGCCGAUAGACGCUCGCGGGCGCGGGUGGGCGCGCGCACGGCCUGCCGACCAAACCCGAGCGCGCGUGCGUGGGCGCGCGCGCGCACCGGGGUCUCGUGCAGCGCCUCCCUGAACUCCCUCGCGCCUCAGAACAUCGCGAGCUCCGCGUCCGCUCCCCGCAGAAUAACAAACACAGCCCCGCCCCUCGCCCCCUCCCCCCGCGCCGCCACUGCCGCGUGAGGGCGACACGCAGCGCGCGCCAUGCGUCCGAGGCCCGCAUGAUGCUCCAGCUCUUCCUCAUCGUGCUGCUUUUCGAAGAGACGAGCAUUGCAGAAGAAUGCGUGCCCCCGUGGGCGGAGCUCGCUGAGCGCCUGGCGGUGACGUCGCUGCAGCAGCGAGGAGGCUCCACGUCGUGCGUGGUGCACAUCCGCGCGCCCGCCGGCCACUUGGUGGCCCUCAACGUGACGAGGCUCGCGGCCCACGGGCGCGCGGCGCCAGCGGCGGCCCCGCUGGUCCCGCAGCAGCACGCUCCCCCGCCGCCGCCGGGCCUGCACGUCCACGCGUCGCCCGCUCCCUCCGGCCCGCCCGCGCCAUACCUACCUCCCGGCGUUUCGAGCGAUGUGAACACGACGCCGCGAGCCGCCUGUGCCCUGCCCUGGCUGGAGGUGCGUGAUGGCUUCCCGGACGGCGAGGGGCCCCCAUCCGCAUCGCCGCGCCUCCUGCGCAUCUGCAGCGAGCGGCCGGCCUCCGCGGGCGCGCCGGCCGCGCCAUCGGCGGCGGCGCCCUUCCGGAGUGUCCUGUCCAGCCGCGGCGAGCUGACGCUCGAGUUCCAGUGGGCGGGCGCCGGCGCCACCGAGGGCAGUGUGGCGGCCGCGGAGUUCCAGGCGACGGUGACCUUCACCGAGUGCAAGUUUCGCUGCCGGGACGGGCAGUGCGUCUCGUCCUCGCUGAUGAGGUGUGACGGGGCGAGCCAGUGUGCUGACGCCAGCGACGAGGAGGGCUGCAGCCCCGGCACCGACCAACCGUCGCACCGCAGCCUGCAGGCUGGCGUCGAGUUUGUGCAGAUCCUCGUGAUCGUGUCGGUCGCCGUGGUGAUGGUGCUGGUCAUCACCUGCAUCCUCAAUCACUACAAGAUCUCCUCGUCCUCCUUCAUGGGACGACACAUGCACAGGAGGCGCAGGGACCACCCCUGCACGGGACGGAGUCUGUGUCCCUCAGAAAGCCCCGUGCCCAGACAACAAAGCACUUCACAGCUGAUGUACUCGUCCCAAUCGAGGGACAGCAUCGCAGCCUGCAGGCCGUCGCAGCACCAGCAGCAUCACCAUCUGCAGCAGCAGCAUCACCAGCUGCACCAACACCACCAGCACCACCACCACCAGCCGCAGCACUCGGCGAUGGCGGGGAGCGGCGGCGGAGCUCCGCGCGACCCCUUCCGCCGGCCGCCCCACCAGCCGCUCUACCCGUACAGCCAGGUGGAGAUCGACCUGCCGCCCAGCAUCUCGCUGUCGGACGGCGAGGAGCCCCCCCCCUACCAGGGCCCGUGCACCCUGCAGCUGCGGCCGCCCGAGCAGCAGCAGGAGAUCAACCGCGAGUCGGUGCGCGCGCCGCCCAACCGCACCGUCUACGACAGCGACUACUACGUGGCGCCGCCGCCCUGCUCUGCGCUCGGCGUCGGGGGCGUCGGCGGCGCCGGGCCGUGCCCGCCCAGCAGCCACUCGGGGGUGUCGGCCGCCAGCUACGGGGGCCACGGCGGCCGCAUGGAGGGGCCGCCGCCCACGUACAGCGAGGUGGUGGGCGCCGCGUUCCCGGCCGCGGGGCCCGGGUCGGCGCUGUUUGCGCCGCACGGGGACGUUGGCGUCGCGGGGCUGCUCACGGACAGGAAGCCCGGCAAGGGCGUCUGACGGCGGGCGAGGGGUUCACCCGUGGCCCCUUCAAACAAAACGAGAGAAAUCAAUGCCCACCGCCUCCCCCAGCACUUACGGAAAACAUAAAAAGAAAAAAUAUAUAUAUGAUAAUGCGGCUUUUGUUAUUUUUUUUCGUUGCGUGUGUUCCUUUUUGUCGAUGUUAAGUUUCGUGUUUUGUUAUUAUUAUUUCUUUUCUCCGUUUGCCCGCUUGGCCACGGGACCAGUCAGCCAUGCGUCCGUCUGUCUGCGUCGUCUGUCAGUGUUUCUGUGUCUGAGAAGACAAGCCCUUAUGGGAUCAUAUCUCACGUGCCCUAUUUCCCCCCCCCCCUCUUUGGUUUCUUUUAUUUUAUCUUCUUAAGUGCUUACGCGAGUUUAUUCGUGUGCACGUAUCUGGCUGGCUGAAUCUGCCAGUGACCCACUUUCUAUUUGUCUACUCCUUAAUGUCUUGUCUGCUUUGCAGGAAGGCGAAAGGGGGAGAGGGAUUUGGGUGAGGUGGGGGGGGCAAGAGAGAACGUGAAUAUUUUUUUGUACACCGUGGGCUGGUGGCGGGGGGGGGGAGCAAGGGACGGGUGGAGGCGGGCGCCACUGCGGCAGCGUUCAGUGUCAAACACGAGCUCUCUUGUGAAACAAAGAAAUGUGUGCUCCCGCCUUUUGUCGACCACCCGCCUCCCUUCUUCCCCCGGUCCGUUCCGCCUCCCCCCCACCCACCAGUCCUCCCCCCCUCCCCCCGCUAGGGCGGCGCGCGCUCGGGCAUUUCAGUGUGGAGGCAGCAGCCUCGCCCGGCGUGUUGUGACGAGAGUGACGGGAACGUAAAUCUGGGGGGAAAGCUCCGGGCUCGGGGUGUUUUUUUGUGUGUGUUUGUGUGUGUGGGGAGAAGGGGUGAAAGAGAAAGGCCGAGGCAGCUGGACAGCCACAGGAUUAGGAGAGGGAGAGAGCGGGAGAGAGGCAGCGGGGGAGAGGGAGGGAGCUUGAGAUAGACGUGUCAGGAGAGGUUUAAUCGGAAGCGAGGGGAGCGUGCGAGCCGCUGUUGAAAUCUCUUGGACUUUGACUCUGACGGGAAGUUCUUGUUUGGCACAGUCCCCAUCUCCACUGUAUUUUGAACAGACAACAGGGCAGGCCGACAGAGACACCACAGGGACAACAACUGGGAGGCAUUCCCGGUGUUCCGCUCCAGCGAUGUCAGUUUGGCUAUGUUGUCGCACCGCGGCAAUGGCGACGCUUCCAGAGCCAAGAGCGUGAAUCACGCAGCGUCCGCUGCUCUCCUCUGUGGGGCUGGCCUCUAGCGGGUGGACAAGCGCAAGAGUCCUGAACCGAACCCCGGCGUCUCAGCGUGCGGAGCCUUCCCGGCAAAACCGUGACCUGAUUGCACCAUUACCUGUUGAACUCUGGUCCCCACAUGUCGAGUCCUGGCUACCGCACGUUGGCAAUCAAGUUAAGGUUAGCGUUUGGCUUUAUAAGGUAAGCCUUCCAUGCUCAACCUUUGGAAGCACUUCGCUACACACGCGUGAACUCGAUUUGGAAUCUGCAAUACAUUUUACAUUUAAUCCUGGUGGGCAGAGGUAUGUUCGUCUGCUAUUGAUAUUCAUUUCACAAUCGGAAGAGGUUUGAGUUGAAAUUCUGGUCAGUGGAUGAUAACUCGGCUCAUCGGCCUUCUGGGCGUCGAUAAAGUAAAUACCUCAUUGUGUAAGGUCGGCGCUGGUUCCAUCUGUGUAAAGGCUGGCAUCUGCCACGGCAAUUUGGAACUUCUACCAAUGGCUCGGGGAACUAGCGUGAAUGAGUAUCCACCACUCUCAUUUGAGCGGUGAGAGACUUUUAGUCAGACAGGUGGCCUCUGGAAUUUGACAUGCGGUGUCGCAACCUGAUACGUGGCAUCAGUAGCCGGAAACGCCGUUUUUGUACGAUAGCUGGAUCUCGGUGUGCGAUAAGCGAUCUGUGCGAUAGCCCCGAUUUUGACAGGUGGUGGCCAGACACUCGAGAAAGCGGUUGUGUGACCUGGAGGAGUUGAUGGUGGAUCUAAGCAUCUCUGUGGGGGUUUUUUUUUGGUUGCUAUUGCCGGAGGGGACUUUCUCGCGUUUCAUACCCCGCAGCGCACGCAGCCUUGGUGCACGGCCACGCCGCUCGUCGCCGAGCGUUAAACGGCAUUCGUCAGACUGCGUGAACACGUCCGUAACGCCACAGAGGCAACCAGGUUUCCAUGAGCGAGGGCUUACGCCGUUGAACCGAAUGUCACGGACACACGCAUUUAAAUCCGUCGGUGAAUGCCGUGCGACAUUUGAGAGCCUUGCGAGAAUCCUGCGGCCCUUUGCGUAAAGCAGCUUAGGUGACUUUUCCUCUCUAACCUUGCACUGCGUUUGCACGACCAACGAAGGAGACAUCUCACUUUGGCUGUUCAGCGUAACCCACCGGCGAUGAAGGCAAACCCGAGUGGAAAUCUGGCGAUUUUUUUUUCAGAUCACAGCCGGCUGUAAGCCGGUCGCACGUUACCGGCAAGGUUCCUAAAGAGUUGAAACGGAAUGCCGCCUCACACGAUUGGUCCUCUGCGGAGCGGGACGACGGUUAGGGAGCAAACUCGACCCAGAGGCCUCAGAACACCGGGAUUCACGUCACCUGCAUUUGCAUCCGGAAAGGCGUUUCCCCCAUCUUGGGGCAUUUGCACAGCAGGGGAUUGAAGGUAGCAGCGGGGGGGGGGGGGGGGGGGGGUGUGUAGGGCACGUGUGAUAUAGCAGCAGGCAAGAUCCCGAUGCGACACUUUCUCGUUGGUCUUUGUUCGUGGGGAAAGGAAUAUGUGAAACAAAACACAAGUUAUAUUGCUGUUGUUGUCGUUGUUGUUGUCGUUGAUGAAUGCCCCUGGAAUGAAGCGCAGGGUUUUGUAACGGAACUGAAAAUGCAGAACAGACGAAAACAAAGUUUCUUAUUAUUUUUGUUGUUGUUGGAAAAUGAAAAUAAAUGACAAAGAAAAGGGUCGUGGGAAGGGCACAUUGGGUAGACGUAGCGACAAGAUAUGACUCCUCGCGGAGGCCCGGCCCCCGUGGUGCUGCUCCCCCUCGUGAUCGGGUUCCCACGCUGGGGGUCACCACGCGGCAUCGUCCUGGGAGGGGGAGCGACGCGUGACCGCCGCUCGCUACCUGUGCGCACGCACAGGCGUUCCUCGGGAGACGUAUUUUCCACCCUUCGAUUGAAUCUGCUCCCGAAAUAGAAACGAUGAUUGACGUUCUCACGACUGACGGAGAUACGAUCCAUUCGCGAACGUCGCUCGCUGACUUUCAUUUCUUUAGAUUUUUAAAUAGAGAAAUGUAUCCAUCAUUGAGAUUGAUUCAGAAACCUUUAUAAUCAGAAAUCGUUUAUACAUUUCUGAGUCAUCAAGAAGGGUAAUGUUUUGUGCCAUGCUAUUGUAGCACAACCCCUGACUCACUGUUGUGAUUCGUGUGAAUAACUCUCCAUUUUAAUAACCCAAAUUUAAUGAGCACGAUACAUUGUAAGCCGUCAGUUUUGAAACGUUACCGGAGAUUCCUUGAGCAAGCUCCAACCAAAGCGGUUUUAGCAAAACGUCUCCCCCCCCCCCCCCCCCCGGCGAUCACGUGACCAGGGCGGGCACCGCUGGUUGGAGUGGGACAGGGCAGGUGCUGCGAACCUUGGGGCCGAGCCGUAACCGGGCAGCUGCACGGACGCAGCCCACAGCUCCCGCUACGCUGCCUUCUGACGAACGAUGCCGCCGCCGCAAGGCUCCGGGGAAGGUGGCGUGAGCGUGGUGGUUGGGAGCGAGGCGGCACGACUGGUCGGGGGGGUGCUGGGGAGAGGGGUUUGGGCUACGCUCGGAUGCGGCGCUGAUCGCGAACUGGCAAGUUGGCUGCGCGACUAGUGCACAGAGGCAACUCUCUUAUUUUGAGACGCGGCGUAAAAACGUAGCAGAAGGUCCGUCGCUUUAGACGGCGUGUCGGCAAGUUGAUGCACGGUGCCAUUGCCGGGGGUCAAACCCGGGUGACCGUCGCUCCAGGGUCGAUAACUGUGAGUUCCACAGUUCGGAAGUCGGCCGGAGUCGCCCGAUGGAGAGAUUGGCACCCACCCCCCUCCCAGCCACGGGACUUGCUCAUCGGUGGCUCUGGCACACCAAGAGGGCGAUGGGGCGCACUGUGUCCCAUCGCUCGAUCGAGCAAGCAAAGGAGACGCUUAAUUUUUAAAGCUCUUGUUUAUGUAAAUGUAUUAACACUGUUCUUUUAAAACAAUUGAGACGCGUAUAAGUAGCGGAUGAUGCACAGUAGAUAUUGGUUAUACCUCUGCUGGGCCAACGUUCUCACGCCAGCAGCGUUUGUCCACCUAGCUUCGUGCUCUGAUGGACUAAAGCGUUACUUUAUUUGUUUCUUUGUGAAACAAACUCCUUUUUUUAUUGUAUCUGCAAUCAACAACGAUAGCACAUCCCGAACCUUGUCUUUUGUGUUUUAUGGGGAUAAAUAUUUAAACUGGAUUGAAGAUUUUGCUUAUUAUGCUCCCGUCAAACCCCGGUCCUAGUCAUUGAGCACCCGAUUUUCCUGUCGAGCAACACGCUGCUCAAGUGCACUCGCUCAGAGACGCGUCAUUAAAAGGUUCGCAGCUGCCUGACGACAAAAGCCAUAGAGACUGUGCCCAGGUGCUAUGAGCCAGAGAGGCGUUUGCUUGUUGUGGGGGGGGGGGGGGGGGGUCUCUGGUCGUGUGUGUGCGUGUGGGGGGACCACGCAAACGCCGCGGCUGUAGGGAAAGGGAUCGCGAUGCUCCAAAGAUGAACAACUUUUUUUGCGCCGCCCACUGCCUAACGGGCCGCUCACAAAAACCUCCGCGACCUGAGGCGCUCGCUUUUCGUUGCGCUCCUCGCUGCUUCGCCGGUGCGUGCCCCCGUGCCCCCUCCCCCCGUGCCCCUCCCCCGUGACCCCUCCCCCCGUGCCCCCUCCCCCGUGCCCCCUCCCCCGUGAUCCCCCUCACCGUCUCCCCGCAUGUCGGAGUGCUGCGGUUGAAGAACGCGGCGCUGCGUUUGCAUCCAGAAGUGUCUCCCUGUUGCCAUUGGAACCAGUCGGUUCGCAUUGGACAAGAUUGGGCCGCAAUCUCGGGAUGUCGUGAUGUACCGCCCUCCACGAUAUUGAGGGUUAACAUUCGGGGUCUAUAAUAAUAUUUUUUUAAAUCAAUACCUAUUUGCUAUCGUUGUGAUUAUAGGAUAUAUAUUGGCCACACGGUUCCCACGAAACAUUCGCACGCAGUACAAUUGCCAUGAAUUGCAAAUCAUCGAUUCUUACGCGACGCUUUGUUGCGUGUACAAAUCUGCGUACGAAUGAACGUGGACCGAAUCGUUGCAUCCCUGCUGCAAACGCAGCACUGCGCUGAGUAUCGCUGUCAGUUGUGGGUUAUUCAUACCGACAACAAAAAUAUAACGACAGUCUGUCCAUAGACGUGAGGAAUCUGAUCGUGCGGCAAUGAGCAAGUCAAUAAUUUACAAUGCCAAUUAAUGAGGACAGGAUGUGAGUAAAAAAACCUAUUUACAAAACGAAAUCCGCAAUGCUUGAAACAUGUAUUACUGGAGCAAGGGCAGCACGUGUGUGCAGUCGGGUGAACACUUCCAAAUGCAGCCGGCGUCCCGUGGAUCACCGGCUCCUGCGCUGCCGUGUCCCCGUGGUGGCCGAUCCCGCGUUUAAACCGUGGGGGAGACGUUGAAGGAAGAGUCGAUGGAGGCGACAGUCGUGAGUUCGAUCGACCGUCCCGAGAGCCUCUCCCCGUCAACGGCUCCGGCUCCAGGACUCCGCUUGCAAAGCCGCCGCCGAGCUUUCGGCCUCAAACCACCGCUCGGCGUUGGAGGCGACCGCUAGACCUGGAGACCUAGACCCUUGUGGGGGGCGGAGGGGGGUACCGGUAGCUGCAGUUAAGUUUCACUGUUCAACAUGCAUCAUUAGCUCAACGUGAGCUCACGUGACCAACGCUGUCAAACCCCGCCGUUGCAUUACUCACCCACGUACAUAAUCUCACUUCACACGGCCGAUGGCAGAAUAUCCACUUGUGGUGUGUGCAUCGUGCUCCCGCUGACCCAGGGCAAUCGCCAGAGUCACUGGGAUACAAACCCUGGUCUUAGAGCGUCUUUACGCCGUCUAACUAAAUGGUUUUGACCAAAGGUUUCCUAGUUUUAGUACUUUCUAUCUCAGCCGUGGGUUAUUCACAUUCUGCUUCGUGGUUUCUUUUUCUCCCAACUUGCAAUUAAUUAUUCAUAUGAAAGGCAAUAUUUUAAAAUGUAUGUUAACAUUACUGCGAUAAAGACACUCCCACAUUUAUGAAUUUACCAUAAUCAUCAUUAGUUUUCGACUCACGCGACGCUACCGCGUGCUGGCAAGUAGCCAAAGUGCGCGUUCCUCCGCCACCCGGGGGGGGGGGGGGGGGGGGGCACGCUGCUCCGGUCGCCGCCAGCGGCCACAGAGCAGCCGCGUUCGAGCGUCGUGGGCUCCUCGGCCACGGUCGGAGCCUGGAGACUUCUCAUCGCGAUCCAUCCCGCGCUGCCCUCGUGUUGAGCCGCGCGACUGAACCCGGGUGGGGGGGGGGGUGCAUGUUGAUGUCAGUGGGCGACGCUUCAAUGAGCUUACGCGCGAGCUUUUUGCCUGAGCGUGUCUGUAAAUACGACUGUUUGUGCGUUCUGCAGGCGAGCGAGCGAGCGCGCGUGCGUGCGCUGUCUGUGUGCGUAACGCUGCGCGCGCGCGUGCACGUCCACAAGUGCGCGCGCGCGUCUGUCCCGCUCGUGGUCACGUGUGACUGGACCGCUGUUGAAUUCUUCAGUAGCCCGUAAUCCGGCUCGUGGAGGAGGUCACAUUGGUCGCUGCUCAUUUAACUGACUGAAUUUAUUUAUCUUGAAGGCCCGGUUGAAACGUAAUGUAUUUUUUGGGAAGACGAUGCUUGAUUUGGAGCUUUGGUGACUGCAUGAAUUACUUGUUGGUUAUUUCGGUAAAGUCACGUAGAAAGAAAAUAAAUUAAAUAAUAGAAGGCGACGUUUCGAUUGCAACACAAGCAAUCAUCAUCAGGUACGAAUGAAUUAGAAAACCCUAGUGUUCUCAUUCAUUCGUACCUGAUGAUGAAACGUCGUAUUCUAAUAUUUAAAUUUUUUUUUUCUACGUGACUUUACCGAAAGAACCAACAAGUAAGACGAUGCUUAUUUAACCGAAAAUAAAAUGCAACGAGCCACAUUGGCAGCAAGGCGCUCGCACUAGCCAAGGCAAUCUAACACCUGUCCUCAUUGACACGGAUUUAUACUGUGCCAGAACGACAAUAUAGGACCCUGGACAGCGUGCAUCCGCCUUGCAGAAGUCAUCUCGCCUCCUGAACCGUGACCCCCCGCCCGCGCAGCUUUGGGAGCUGCUGCUCAUGGCCUUGGGUCGCUCGUUAUUGGCGCCACCUUCCGACAUCUCGGAUGGGAUCGUUUUCGAGUUGGGCGUUUCGUGGCCACUCACUUUUGCGACGCGAUUCUCCCACUUGCAAACGACCCCCGCCUGCAGGGGGCGGGGGGGCGUUUAGCGUCGUCAUCUCACGGCGCUGUGAAGUGGCGACACUCACAAAAACCCGGCUGGUUGGUGAGCGCUGUGACUAUUCGGACACCCAGCCGCUGGAGCUGGGUGGGGUGCUCGGAGUUUUGGGAGCCACGGAGGUUGGGGGGUUUCGCCCUCCCCUGGGCCCAGCGGUCCAUCGUAUCGGAGCACAAAGCAGCCCCCCCCCCAUUGCGGCCUCCCUCGAAGCGCACGAGGAGUCUGGGCUGAGUGAGAGUCCGCGCGCGCCUCGGGGUGCGCGCGCGUGCGUUGCAAUGCGCCGAUUUACGCGAGGCCAGUUUAAUGGAGCAGAGGCGGUGUUCCGGAGCCAGGGACUCUCUAUCCUAUGCACUAAUCUCUAUUCGCUAGGGUCCCGGGUGUGGAGGGGUGCAGAGAGAGGGCGGAUGGGGUCGGCGAUGGGGAGUGCGGUGGCGAGGGCGAGGGCGGAAUGGGCUGGGAGAAGGGUGGGGGGACUGGGCAGGGUUCAUGUUCGGGGGGAGGGGAAAGCGGGGGCGGAGGGAGUCAAGGAGGGCGGAGGGAGUCAGGGGGAGGGAGUCAAAGAGGGGGGGGGGGGUGUUUAAGCGUUUGGGGCUGUCGCAAUGCAUUGGUUCCACGUAUGCAGCACUUCCAUUUUACAGUUUUUGAAAAAGAUUCACUCCAGGAAUAAUGGAAUGAGUGCGCUGUGAGAAACACCACAGACGCGUGUAGUAGUUAGUGGUGGUGGUGGUAGUGGUGAUGGUGGUGGGAGUGUUACCGCUCUUGGAGGCGGCUCUGUGGGGUCGCCGCGGGCUCCCUCGCCAGGGGCGCGCAGAACGGGAAGCGGCUUCACGCCGCCGGCGAGCAGACCCGGCUUGAACGCUCGCGCGGCUGUGCCGUUAACGACACAAAAGCAAUUCUAGUGUUUAACAAACAACAACAAAUGUUCAAGGCUGAACCUAAAUGCAAGACAAUUGUCGGCCAGGGAGCGAGAGUGGAGAGUGCACACACGCGUUGAAGUGACCACCUGCCCGAGCUUACAGCUCAUAAUGCAGGACCCCCCCCCCCUCCGAGUGCUGUUAUUGGGAUUGAGUGGGGGGGGGGGGGGGCGGCGUGGGGACCCCAGGGGUCUUGGGAGUCCGGGCUGGGGAUUCAUGGGGGGGGGGGCGGGGGGGUUGAGUGUGUGGGGGUGUUGAGGGCGCGCGUGUCGCCCUAUGUCCGUGUGCGUGUGCUUACAUUACCUGUGACCUCGUACCACGGGUUUUCCCGUGCCCCCUCUACCAUGCAGCUACUAAAGGGCUAUUGUGUGUGUUGUGUGUGUGUUGUGUGUGUGCGCGCGCCUGCCCCGUUGUGUUUGUGUCAUUAGUGGGAACGCACGCGCGCAUACGCAAGUGUGCAUAAUGAGAAGGCUCGCGAUUCCGUUAUUAAUCCCCCCCCCCCAUCGUUCCAAGUUCGUCAAGGCAACGCCUCCCCAUUGCCACCCCACGAGAAAGGCUCGGCUGGGUCAGGGGGUUGGGGCUGAGCCCAGCUCUUAGCCCAAACCAGUUUAAGAAGCACGUUCGGCCUCAGUGGUGAAUAAUGAACUUGUGUGGGGUGGGGUGGGUGGCUGUGGGUCGGGGGGGUUAAGAAUGCCGCUCUCUGCCUCGUGGAAUUCGGCCACUCGUGCUUGGACCGCAGGUUGCUGUGGAGCCCUUCUCCACCUCGCUCCCCAUCAACACCACGCGGGGUCCCCUCGUGUUCAAUGGCCCUGCAAAGUGGGAAUUAGCGGCGAGAGGCAGCGACGGGCGAUGAAUGGGAGCCUGGCUUGGUGGGGCAGGAGUUGAGUGAGGGUGUGACGCGGUUGACACGAGUAUAAUAACGGAGGGGAGCCAUGUUGGCAUCGCGGUUAUUUCCAGCAUAUGAUUGUUACAUCGUUGGGAAACUUGAAAUACCAUCCUUUUUAAAAGCAGUUUUUUUUUUAAGUUACGGAUGUGGGUUCAUUGUGGCCGUGAUGUGGGUUCGACCCAAUGUGGUGAAAGGCGUUUUGCUAUGUCAGCUAAAAGUUAUCACUCGACAUCGUUCAGGACACCUGCGAUGUUUCAUCGCCGUGGGACCCAGUGCGCACUGGGUUCCGACACCGCCCGCCCGCCCGCGUGGAUGAACGAGACUCGCCUCAACCCGCAAAACAACGACCGUAACCACUGCCUUUCGAGAUGUCCAUCUUGCCACAGGCACGCUGUCGAUCCCAAGUUAUUCUCCGAUCGUUGUCACGAGCGCGAGCGUGCUUCGGCCGUGAGCGUGGCCGUGUGGCCCACGUGCUGUGGUUGCGCGCUAAGUAGCAGGGUGCCGGCUCCGCGUCAUUCCACUUGGUUUCCUUCACCCAAGCGUCAGAGCUGCGCUUCGCCAUAAUCGCAGCGAGGCGCUGCUCUGGACGCGCCAAAGUCGCCCUCUGCCUCUCCCUGGGAAAGCCUCAAUUUGAAUCGCCACGACUCUCACGUCAAGAGGUCUGCUUGGGAGAUUUGGCCAGUGAUGCGGUCCUUGACCACUCGCCUCCAUAGAGAGAAGAUUCAUCCCAAAGAGCAGCCAGCUCUUGUAGCUGUACACCCGCUCGGCGUCCCGGGCUGUCCCAACGCACGGGGGUGAAGCCUCGUUAUUUGAGAAGAGGCAACAUGAAAGAUAACCAGUCAGCCAUGUCACUGAUGUUACUCUCAUUCUAGAGAGAGCAGCUGAGCGUGGUUUUUAAUGUUUUCUUUCUCGCCACUGAAGCUUCGGUCGAGUAUCGGUCAGCCCGGGACACACAGAGCCCGGGACACACAGAGCCAAGGGCCGCUGCCUAUGCGAGGAGCUUGCUUGUUGGGGUUACAUCUUCCUGUAAAUGUCAGCGCUGGCCUGAAAACAGCUGAGCCUCGUUUUCCAGCAAAGCAACAGCAGGAGCUCGCAGAGACGCUGAAGGAACCAAUUUCGAAUGAUGCAGCGUCAGCCCCCCACCCCCGUGUCUCACUCCUCGUGUCUCCCCGCCGGGCUGACCGUCACUUGCACGGCUGCCCCGUACGACACAACAACGCUGACGAGCAGAGAGCCACGGGCGGCAGCCACCCACCCACCCGCUCCCCUCCGCAGCCUGUGACGGGGGUGGGUAGGGGGGAGGCCGUGGCAUGGCCGUGGCAUCUCUGGGUAGAGACCCCCCCCCCCCUACCCACGUAAUUUGCACUGCAAGUGCUUGCUCACCCGCGCCGUGCCUCACUCGAAUAUUAUACUCUACGGUGCUUAUGGUUGAUUGGCUUAUGCUAUACGUGUGUGUGUAUAAUUGCUGUAAGGCGCUGUAUAUAAUAAUAUGUGAUGCACAUAUUCCCUACCCAAUGGGUAGACAUUUCAAAUGGACAUUGUUGAAGUGUUUAUUAUUUUAUGUUUUUGUUAUUUUUUUCUUGUUUCUGUUCGUUAGUGUGUGCGUCCACGUGUGAAUGCCACGCGCCGAGCUAAACAUUUGUUUGUGUUUAUUCAGAUCCCGUGCAUCUGCUUUGUUGUUGCAUUAACUCGUCAGGGGAGGGAUAGAGACAGGGUGAGAGAGACGGGGGAGACGGGGAGAGGAAAUUUAAAUAAUAAUAGAAGAGUUACGUUGAAGAAGCAGCGGCCGAGAGUGAGCUGCAUCAAAUGCACUCGCGAGGUCGCGUGGGUCAAACGAAACGGCGGCGUCGGUCUCUCUGCUGCGCGCCAGGAGCGGCAGAGAACUCAGCGCGAGUCGGAACUCGCAGCUCUCGUCGGGAGGCGUCUGAAGAGGCCACCCGAUGCUCGGUGCUUGUCCCGUGGGUCGUGGUGGUGGUUCCAGCCACCCUCAUCCACAGACUUGACCAGGGCCCCCCCAAGUCUACAGCAACGCCGAGUCACGCCCGGGCUGUGAAAGGGGAGUCCGGCGAGACCGGGUUCGGGGGGGGUGUGGGGGGGGGGGGCACUUCCAGCCCGGGCCCCCGGCCCACUGGACAGGGGGUCUCGUACCGUGCGGCGUGGACGGAGCGGCGGCUUCCGCCGACGUCUUGACGGAGCAAUGGCCACGCCUGCGCAGCGUCUUGGAGACGUGAGCACUCUUCCGUGAAACGUCCGUGGAAGUCGCCUCUCCGCCAACGCGUGCGUUAGGUCCAAUUAUGUUAAUUGGUGUCCCCCGCAAGAUCACACCCAGCCCGAGUGAGCAUUGGAAGCGUCCGUCUAAAACGUGUUGUCUUCACAAAUUUUGUUUUAAACGGCAAAAUAAAAAUUAUAUAUAUUUCCCCCACUUGACAA